GUAGGAUUCCAUCUUUUUCUCCGCCUUCACACUGACAGUCAGAGUCAAGCCUCCGCUCUGCUUCCGCCCUUCCAUUUCUCCCCGUACAGGAAAAUCAUAGACGGCCUCACCGGAAAAUGGCAGUUUCAGCAAACACCAAACGAAUGGUCUUUGACGUUGCCAUUUUCCUCGCAUCUCAAGCAGCUGUCUAUUACGCAGUCCGAUGGAUGCUAGAUGUCACCACAGGGAAAUCGACUGAAGUCAAAGCGAAGCAGUUGGAAGCCUUGAAGCGGUUAGGGCACAAAGAUUUGAAGUUGGACGAAUACGAGGCAACGGUCGCAAACGAAGUCAUCCAUCCAGACGACAUACCAAUUAGAUUCUCAGACAUUGGAGGCCUUGACUCCAUAAUAUCUUCCCUACAAGAAUCCAUCAUAUACCCCCUCCUCUACCCCACCCUCUUUUCCCAAUCAUCCACUCUCAUCGGAGCACCCAAAGGCGUGUUACUCUACGGACCUCCAGGUUGCGGAAAGACCAUGCUUGCAAAAGCCCUCGCUAAAGAAUCAGGAGCAACGUUUAUCAAUAUCGCAGCUUCGGUUCUUACAAACAAGUGGUUUGGUGAAUCAAACAAACUUGUUGCCGGGCUCUUCAGUCUGGCAAGAAAGACGCAGCCGUGUAUCAUCUUCAUUGAUGAGAUUGAUUCGUUUCUGAGGGAGAGGUCCUCGGGUGACCAUGAAGCGACAGCGAUGAUGAAAGCUGAGUUCAUGACUCUUUGGGAUGGCUUAACUUCCUCUGCGGACCGUAUACUCGUUCUCGGUGCCACUAAUCGGCCAAAGGAUAUCGACUCGGCCAUCUUUAGAAGACUACCCAAAAGAUUUGCAGUCCAAUUACCAGAUUACGAACAACGCCUAAAGAUCCUCUCUCUCAUGCUCAAAGACACCUCAUUAUCACCUGUCUUCCCCUUGGACAUGCUCGCUCAAAUAACCGACGGGCUUUCAGGUUCAGAUUUGAAAGAGCUCAGUCGAAAUGCAGCUAUGAUACCGGUGCGAGAGUACAUGCGAGCGAAUCUUUCGAAUGGGCAAGUGCUGAGUCAGGAACAACUUGCGAUCUUCAAACCCCGACCACUCAUCCUACAGGAUUUCCUAACGCAAGAAGGCGUCAGUCUACUGGCCGAGAAUAUCGUUCUGGCCAAGCAUAGAUUGGACAGGUCGUUGUUGGAUAUGGAUGAAGAGAGUAGUACUCUUGCGGAUACGACUCCUUUAGAGGAGGAGAUGAAAGCGGAUCCUGUUGAUUGAAUGAUGCUCUGUUUCGAUUCCAUCUCGAGGACAAUGGCUGUAUCGAUUUACGACUAAUUGAUAUCUGUCUUGUAGAACAUCAACAUAUCGCCCAGCUAAUAUCGUAGCCUAUCUAAACAAGGAUGUAUUUUUGUUGCAUGACAUUGGAAAAACACCACUCAUAUGAUGAUUACUGUAGUGUUGCUGGAUAUUUGAGAACAAUGGGAGA